UUUCGCCGCUCGAGUUUUGGUUUGUUUUCCCUUUUAGCGCCCAUUGGGCAGAAACUCAAUGGCUCGAUCCCCCGCAUCCCCACCACCACCACCAGCCCCACAGCGACAGCAACCAUAGUGAUGACACCUCCGCGUCCCUCCCGUUCGUCUGUGGACUCUGACCUGGAGGACGAAAUGGCAAUGUUCGAUCCUGAGAACUCGUCGUCCUCGCUGGUCGGCGAUAUGUACCCGCAGGCCAAACAGUCGCCGGGAGUCUCUAUCCUCCGUCCACCGUCCUCCCUUCCCGUCCGUCAAACUCUUCUCCUCCUUGUUACAGUCCUUCCCGAGAUUCUCAUACACCACAUGUUGACUCCGCUAUAUCCCUACAUGACCAGAUCCCUCCUUCCUCCAGAACAGAGUAAUAGGACGGGUUACUAUGCCGGGCUGCUGCAAUCCGCCUACGCAUUUCCGACAACUUUCAUGGACGCUGUUUGGGGACAUUUGUCAGAUGCUGUCGGCCGCCCACCAGUCCUCCUGGGUGGUCUUAUUGGGUACGGUAUAGGAACAUUAUUCCUGGGCCUCAGUACCGACUACUGGCUUGCGGUUGUUUCGUUGUGCCUAACAGGGUUCUUCUCCUCCAAUUCUGUCGUUGCCAAAGGCAUGAUUGGAGAGAUUACCCAUGACGAUUCAUCCAGAGCCUGGGCGUACAGCGCAUACGGCGUCGUUUUCAGUGCGGCGGGGAUAAGUGGGACUCUCGUCGGAGGGUUCCUAGCUGAUCCCGCCCUCUUUGAUGGCGUACAAUUCUUGAAGAAGCGUCCAUACUUUGUCGCAUGCUCGUUUGGGACCCUAUUGGCUUGUUUGGGCGUGUUUGUUACCCUCAAAUGGCUCAUAAAGUCACCAAGGCCGUACAAGGCCGUCCACACAUCCACCGAGGAUGUGGAAAUGGAAAUUUCUCAGAGAGCUCCUGUGCGGCGACAGAAUACAGAUGAAGAACUAUUAGAGGAACUAGAAUCACCCAUUAAAACACGUCCUAAUCGUCUUCUACGCUUUCUUGGUCCAUACAAAACCCUCCUGACCCCACGCACACUUGCACCUAUUCUCCUAUUUGCACUCUAUAAGCUCACCCACACUCUCUUUCAUACCGCCCUGCCCCUACUCGCCUCGGCUCCCGUAUCCCGGAAUGGGUUUGGUCUUCCACCCAAAUCCACUUCCUUGGCCCUUACGCUUUUAAGUAUCGCGAAACUAAUUACAAAGGCAUCGUAUUACCCGAUUCAUCAACGACUCGGAACGACGACUUCAUAUGCUCUCGGAGCAACCUUGAUUGUUCCCGCGGCGUUUGUAGCACCAGUCUUUGGACACACUUACAUGUGGCCGAGCAUAUACGUUGCGACGAUUUUGGUUGGCAUUGGGGAGGGAUUGUGUUACUUGUCUUCUAUCAUGUUGCUGACAAAUUCGGUGGGGAGAGAGUAUUUUGGACUUGUCCAUGGUGUUGCAGGAUGCUUGGGAAGUGCAAUGAAGACGAUUGGACCGGCGUUUGCGGGUUGGGCGUGGGAAGCCGGUGUUGAGAGAGGGAUUUCCUGGGGAGUUUUUGCCAUUGUCGGUGUAGCCGGACUUGUUGGGGGAUGCGUUAGUUUGGCAAUGAAGUGGAUUUGGUGGUUAAGAUGAUGAUGACAUAUAGUGUAUUUUGAAUGGAUAUUUUUUUAAUUUCGUGCCGGUAAGAUGAGGCGACGCCAAUACUCUACCAGGCCAUCAAUAACAGAUAAUAAUGAAGUAUUGCAG